AUAGGACUCUUCUCAUUUCUCCGCUUCCACAGCAACCAUGUCUGAUAAACCCGAUAUGGCUGAGAUUGAGAAAUUUGGUAAGUUGAAACUGAAGAAGACAGAAAUGCAAGUGAAAAAUCCACAGCCCUCCAAAGAAACAAUUGAACAGGAGAAGCAAGCAGGCAAAUUGUAAUGAGGCCCGCACCACCAAUAUGCACUGUACAUUGCACAAGCGUUGCCUUCUUAUUUUACUUCUGUUAGUUGUUUAACUUUGUAAGAUGCAAAGAGGCUGGAUCAGUUUAAAUGACUGCACUGCCCCUUUUCACAUCAGAACUACUGACAAUGAAGGCUGCACCUGCC